GCUUACUUCCUGUUAGAGUGUGGAGUGUACCGAGUAAGGCGUCUGGGGAAAUCACACUCGUCAGUCAGUGAGUGAAGUAAUCAGGGGAAUUUCUAGCUGGUUUCCCCAGUACAGAACACUGACUGGGAGGGUGCCGUCACAACUCGCAGGUAUUAAGUCUUGUGUGACAUCUCAAAGUAUUCACACAGAAGAAGGAGAGAGAGACGCAGCAGCCGGUGGCCUUCUGGAAAUCUUAUACCAUGGCGAAACUAAAGAGUGGUGCAUCUUCUUUGCCAGAUGAGAACGUGUUUGUAUCCGGCUACCCCACCAGUAUCUGCGACCUUGCACCUGGAAACAAAUACCUGUGCUGCAACUGUAACAAUGUCCUGAAGAAGGCGCAGCAGACGUUGUGCGGACACCGAUACUGCACACCGUGUCUGGCCUGGAUUAUCAGGAACCACGAAAGUCCCAUCUGUCCCAAAUGUAAACAAGGGGGCCCAGAAGCAUUGACUGAGGACAGCUACCUAUCGGCAGACAGGGCAUUCAGUGAUGCCGCUAUCAACAAGGAGAUCUCGGAGCUCAAGGUUCAUUGUGUGACAGCAAACUGCAACUGGAGUGGAGUGCUGCGAGACUACGAGGAUCACCAAAUCCUCUGUGACUAUGCCCAAAUUCUGUGCCACACUGGCUGCGGACAGACAGUUCAGCGGAGACACCUUGCCGACCACUUAGAGACCGAAUGUGUCAAUAAUACAACAGUCUGCCCCAAAUGCUCCCUGAGAAUCUUCAGUACUGAUUCCCUGAAACACAAAUGUGAAAAAUGUUCCCUAGAUGAUCAAAUGCAGAAGAAAAUUGGAAUGCUGGCAAAGGGGAAGAACCAGAAUUCCGUUAACAAUAACUGGAAGGAAAAAUGUCGCUUUUCUUUGCUGGGCUGCACAUACAAGGGCAGCAGAGAUAAGAUGAAGGAACAUGAUAAAUCCUCUGUGGUGGCACACUUGUCUCUGGUUGCCCCUAUUUUAAUGCAGAUCAAAGAGAGUCUGUCCCUGCCAGAGCCAACUGAGAAUGGAUUCCAAUACCCCCUGCAGGAUUCCACCACCCAGGCUGUCCGGAAAGUGUUUUCCAACCUACCAAAUGGGGAAGUAAAGGCUGUGAAUUGUGACAUUGCCACAGACUGUGGCUGUUUGAAUGGAGGAGGCUCCACAGGAAUAGAUCCCCAUACCAGACUGGCCAUGCUGGAGGUCAGGACACAAGUUUUUGAAAAUAUAAUUUCCGUCCUGAACCGUGAAAUGGACAGUGCCAACGGCAAACUGGCAGCAGCACUGGAGCAGAAGAACGAGGAGCAACAGAAAGUAAAAGCCUGUGAACAAAAAAUCACUGAUUUACGUUGCACAUUGGCUACAAAGGAGAUGGCAAUAAAUGAGCUGCACAUGCGUCUGUCAACUCUUGAGCAAACCUCAUAUGACGGUGUGUUUCUAUGGAAGAUCAGCAACUUCACACAGAAAAGUCACGAUGCUGUGACAGGAAGAGCUAUCAGCCUUUAUUCCCCAGCCUUCUACACUGCCAGGUAUGGACAUAAGGUGUGCCUGCGCAUUUAUUUAAAUGGUGAUGGAGCCGGCAAGGGAACACAUGUCUCCCUGUUCUUCGCCAUCAUGAAAGGAGAAUAUGAUGCUCUGCUACCCUGGCCCUUUAAACACAAGGUGACAUUUAUGCUGCUGGACCAGAAUAACCGAGAACAUGUGUUUGAUGCCUUCCGCCCAGACAUCUCCUCCGCCUCCUUCCAGCGACCAGUCAAUGACAUGAAUAUCGCCAGCGGUUGCCCAUUGUUCUGCCUCCUGUCCAAACUACAGUCCUCCAAGAACAACUACUUAAAAGAUGACACCCUCUUCAUCCGCUGUAUUAUCGACGCCAGCUCUUCAUAGGCGCCAUGCAGGAAUACGGAUCCAAUGCACAAGACUGACAAUGUUAUGUGCACAGAUCUAUAUAUUAAAGCACUAUUUAUAACUGAGCUGUUCAGAAAGCAUAACCAGUCAAGUUUCAAACACUGCUUAUGAGGUUCCCAUACCUUUAAAAUUUAAGCAGAUGAGAUGAAAUAUAAAUACACUUUCCUAUGGCGAGUUUAUCGGCUCACAAGAGCCGAGCAGAGCUGAUCCACGAAAAAAGAUUCAGUUCCCAUGAUGCAACAGAUUCUUCCCUAAGCUUUGCUGGCAGAGUGAUGUAGAGGAAGAGGGUGGUUCUGGACUUGUAGUCCAUGUCAGGUCUAUGAACUGGUGCAAUGCUACGGUGCUAUAAUAAUGACAUCAUUUUGAAAAUACAAUAUAUCAUUUUUUUACUGUUUUUUUUAAACCUUUUUUAGGCGGUUAGAAAUGGAUUCUCUACUGUCAAUUGGAAGUACAUACUGGGGUUUCAUGUUUUGUUACAGGCAGCUGCUGCUUGGUGUAUUUUUUUAUCACUUGAACACAUAGUGACCCAAUACUUUCGAGAACAAAUUCAUGUUGGUUUCUAAGGGGACUGUAUGAUCUGUGUACAUUUCUAUGAUCCCAAAUGCCAACCACACCAUAACAGGUCCGGGUAUGCUGUACAGUGAAGCUGUAUGAAUAUGAACACCAUGCAGUUCCUCUAAGAAAGGUAGAAUGUGGUUCAGCAUGCGGUCACACUCACAGUAGUGCAAACAGUUUCCAGCAACUGCACGGGAAACCCCAUUUGUGUUUAUGCAAUCAAGGAUUUUUUUUUAUUAUUUCUGGUGAGAAUUGUAUGUCAGAACUCUGGAGAGCUGUUUAGUUAGAAACAGAACAAACUUUAUUUUAUACUUGAUUCCAUAAUGCAUCGGUUUCAGAGCUCUGCCAGUCAGUUUAUUAGGAUCUAGUGGCAUUGUCAUUUAGGCAUUUACAAUGAUAUAUAUAAUAUUUAAUAAGUUAUUUGUACAAUCUAUAAUAAACCGUCUGAAGCUGUGACAGAAAAGUAA